AUGGAGGAUUUUCUUGACUUUAUUCACGUGGAAGAUGUUUCAGCGCAAGCAUUGGGAAACACAAUCGUAACACAUCUCUUAUCUUAUAACUUGGAUAUGGACAAAUUGGUAGGUCAAGGCUUUGAUGGCGCUGCAGUAAUGAGCGGCCGGUUACGAGGCGUGAGAACAAUGAUUGCAGAACAAGAUCCGACAGCACAAUUUGUACACUGUGUGGCACAUGUUCUUAAUUUAGUUCUUGCGCAUUCGUGUGAAAUACCUAUGAUACGGAACUGUAUUGGAACAAUAAAAAGUAUAGUAAACUUUUUUCGACAAUCUCCGCUUCGGGACAACCUUUUGAAGAAAAUUUCAGAUCAAACUGACUCAUCUCAUUCAACGCUGAUCUCCCUUUGUGAGACGCGAUGGACCGAAAAGCAUGUGGCUGUUGAGAGAUUUGCAGAAAUGCUUCCUGUAGUAUGCGCAAUAUUUGAGUCCCUUCAAGACGCUGUUAGUAGGGAUGCCGCCACUGAAGCGUACCAACUGCAGACUGCCAUGGAAAAUAGCCAAUUUAUCAUGUCGCUUGUUAUAUUACUAAAAGUUUUUUCGUAUACAGCGGACCUGAAAAAAGCAAUGCAGAAGGUCAAUGUUGACCUGAUGAAUACUUGCAGUUAUGCAAAAACAGUUAAAAGUACUCUACAAAAUAUUCGGAAUGAAAGUGAGUUCUUAGUCCUUUUCGAGCAGGCAAAGCAAAUGAGCUCAAGUGACAUAACUGUUCCAAGAACGACUGGAAGGCAAACCCAGCGCAGCAAUGUACCAGGAGAAACUGCUGAAAUGUAUUAUCGUCGACAUGUAUUUUACCCUUUUAUUGAACAUGUGAUCACAGAACUUGAUGCUCGUUUUAAACCACAUGAAGCAACAAUCGAAGGAAUCCAGAUGCUUCUGCCUGAGAAAACCAAUAAUGACUCCAGGACAAAAGAAAAUCUUAAGAAGAUAGCGCAAAUAUUUCUUGGUGAGAAUGUAGGCACAACAAUUCUGAGUGAAUACGAGAUAUGGCACAAUCACUGGAAAUCUGUAGAGGAAAAACCUGUCACUGCUAUAGAUGUUAUUGGUCAGUGUGAUGAACUAUUUUUCCCUUCGAUAAAAAAGUUUAUCAUCAUAUUAGCCACACUCCCAGUGUCAACGCCGACCCCUGAAAGAUGUUUCUCGACUAUGAAGAGGCUAAAAACUUACAUAAGGAAUCAAAUGGGAGGUGAAAGACUUACUGGUCUUGCUCUAAUGAGUGUUCAUCGAGAUUUGGCGGUGUAA